AUUUUAGGGCUAUUUUGCACGACUCCGCGUGAUAUGUUCAUGAUGGUAUGCAGUUAAGUUGAGCUGUUAUGAUAACAUUUGAAUUUCUAACUCAAAAUCUCUGACUACUCCUGUUUUGCCUAUACCUACAUAUAGCGCAUUUAACUGAACACUUGGAUUUCUCAAACGCAACUGUUAUUCUUGUAUUGUCACCAUUCGAUUAGUUUUUGAAAAGUUAAAACAGUCCCUCCCUCGUUCUAAUUUUGGCCGAAAUACGUCAUUUCUCAUUUCUGACUGAUCACCUCGAAGCGCGAUAAUUAUAUGUCUCAGUAACAAAGAAGACAAAUCUGGUCAGCUGGUGGCGAUCUUGGCACACUUGUUGAGAUCCUGUCAGUCCUCCAAAUGAUGCAUGGUGCCAGGACAUGCGCUAUCAGACGGGAAGCAUGCAUCUUCCGUGUCUGCAGAAAUUUGUUCUGAAUUGCGUGAUCGAGACUUCGGGGGCUGUCAUCGCGAGAUUGCGUCAACAGGUGCCACGUGGAGGUACUUAUACCCCUGGGCCGGUGGCUCAUGCCGACUCUGCCAAACAGCGAGGGUACCUUAAUAAGUGCUCUGUAAAUCUAAGAAGUUCAGGGAUUGAGCUGUCGCCAAAACAGGCGUCGCAAGCACUCCUUUUUCAGCGUCAUUCGCCUGGCGUCAAGAGCAUUCCGGGCAAGGAACUUACGAUGUCUUCAUACUCUGCACUGCUGUUGCUGAGCCUUCAAAUGGCAUCAGCUAUGAGGCUGCAUGCUUCUCAAUCGGGCGACGCGCCUCGCAGCCGGUCGUUCCGCCUCGAGCCCAGCACCGCUCGUAGGUCCGAGAAUGGCGAUACGAGCCGCCUACCUGUGUGGGACUGCAGUGACCUACCCUUCGGCACCCCGAGCGGCGUCUACUCCAUCCUGGAGGGCGCCGGCGGCCCUCCCGUGUGGGCCUACUGCGACUUCAGCGACCCCGCCGGCUGGACGGUGCUUCAGCGGCGACAGGACAACCCCACGCAGCUCAGCUUCGCGCGCCAGUACGACGACUACCGCUACGGCUUCGGCCAGCUGAACUCGGAGUUCUGGUGGGGCCUGGAGUACAUGUGGCUCAUCACCUCUCGGCACGACCGCGUCUACGAGCUGAAGAUCGAGCUCGGCGACUGGGUCGGCGCCACGCGAUACGCUCUGUACGGCCAGUUCAGCGUCUCUUCACACGAGGGCCGGUUCCGGCUGUAUGCCACCAACUACUCUGGUGAUGCCGGCGAUUCGCUCACUUAUCACAGCGACAUGCAGUUCAGCACAGAAGAUGAGGACAACGACUCGAAUAGUGCCAGCAACUGUGGCGGAAUCUACACGUCCGGUUGGUGGUACCGUAGUUGCCAUGAGAGCAACUUGAACGGCAUUUACUACGGCAAUAACAACCCGACAGCCGACCAGAAAGGGGUCGUCUGGUCGGCCUGGCACGGGUUCUACUACUCGCUGAAGGAUGUGGUGAUGAAGAUACGUCCCAGGGUGAAACUGACGUAGGAAAUGCACGUCAGAUGUUCAGACAGUGAGUGCUGAUGCAUUCUGCACGGGAUACAUAAGGUUAAAAGUUUUGAGCGAACGAUUCCCCAGCUUAUCGUUUUUUUUUCACAUGCUAUGCCUCAUGACUCGCUUACCUCUGAAGUCAGGUGGAUAUUUGUGGAAAUGUCGGCUUUUGCUUUGAUUGUCCUCUAAACGUUGUCUUGCUGUAUUGCAAUAUAUUUUUGAUGGGAUA